GUUAUGCUUUCUCUCUCCUCCUCUUCUAAACAAAGGCAGGGCCAGAAAUUGUUGCUCUGACUCUGAAAACUGAAGAUGGCGGACGAUAUUGGUUUCUUUGAGCUGAACACCGGAGCUAAGAUGCCUUCUUUUGGCUUAGGGACCUGGCAGGCCAGCCCUGGCUUGGUCGGUGACGCCGUCGCUGCCGCCAUCAAGGCAGGAUAUCGGCAUAUUGAUUGUGCUCCAGUCUAUGGCAAUGAGAAGGAGAUUGGUUUAGUUUUGAAGAAGCUGUUUGAAGACGGUGUGGUGAAGCGCGAGGAGUUGUGGAUUACCUCCAAACUAGCGUCUACUGAUCAUGCACCAGAAGAUGUACCGGAUGCAUUGGAUAGGACUUUGAGAGACUUGCAGCUUGAUUAUGUUGACUUGUACCUGAUCCACGGGCCAGUGCGGAUGAAGAAGGAUUCAGUAGGUUCUGGGCCUGAAAACCUUAUACAACCAGAUAUCCCUGCCACAUGGAGAGCAAUGGAAACUCUCUAUGAUUCGUGCAAGGCUCGAGCUAUUGGUGUGAGCAAUUUCGCUACAAAGAAGCUGUCAGAUUUGCUGGAUGUGGCACGAGUUCCUCCUGCUGUUAACCAAGUGGAGUGCCAUCCUUCAUGGCAGCAGGCCAAGCUACGAUCCUUCUGCAAAUCCAAGGGGGUUCACCUUUCUGGAUAUUCACCGCUGGGUUCUCCUGGCACAACAUUUAUCAAAGGCGAUGUCCUUAAGAAUCCGAUUCUUCUCGGUGUGGCAGAGAAGCUAGGCAAGACUCCUGCACAGAUUGCUCUUCGAUGGGGACUGCAAAUGGGUCAUAGUGUUCUUCCAAAGAGUACUAAUGAAGCAAGGAUCAAGGAGAAUCUUGAUGUCUUUGGCUGGUCUAUCCCAGAAGACUUGUUUGCCAAAUUUUCUGAAAUUGAGCAGGAAAGGCUAUUCGAUGGGACCAUUUUUGUACAUGACACUUUUGGACCCUAUAGAAGUGUGGAUGAACUCUGGGAUGGUGAAAUCUAGAAAUGCCAGAUGAGUGCUGAGCUUGGGAGCAUAUAUUUAAGAGUGAGAGUGGAUUUUUAUGAUUUGUAUGAGACCGUGAAUGGUUAUGGUACUUGUAUUCUUGUAAGCUCAGUGCUUUGCUUUGCUUGUCUUGAUGGCAACUUGAGCUAAAACAACUAUUGCUCAGCGUUGUGCUUGGCUUGUUGGACUAACCGAAUACACCAUGCUUUCCAAUGCUCAUAUUAUUCGAGCCUUCUGGGG